AAUUAGAAGUCGCCUUUAACCCGGAAAAACAUCCCCGGACAUUUAACAAACAGGAAGCGGGCGCUUGUUAAACUGACAGUUCGCUGCCAUGGCGCUUGAUGUGAAGUCCAGAGCCAAGCGAUAUGAGAAACUGGAUUUCCUGGGGGAGGGCCAGUUUGCCACAGUGUACAGAGCCAGGGACAAACAGACCGACACAAUAGUUGCUAUUAAAAAGAUUAAGGUUGGCCACAGAACAGAAGCCAAAGAUGGUAUCAACAGAACAGCUCUCCGAGAAAUCAAACUGCUGCAGGAGCUCCAUCAUCCAAAUAUCAUAGGGCUGCUUGAUGCCUUCGGACACAAAUCUAAUAUCAGCCUGGUGUUUGACUUCAUGGAAACAGAUCUAGAGGUAAUCAUCAAAGACACCAGCCUAGUUCUGACUCCAGCUAACAUCAAAGCCUACAUCCUCAUGACUUUACAGGGAUUAGAGUAUAUGCACCAACACUGGGUCCUACAUAGGGAUCUGAAGCCCAAUAAUCUGCUGUUGGAUGGGAAUGGUGUGUUGAAGCUGGCUGAUUUUGGUUUGGCCAAAUCAUUUGGUAGCCCCAACAGAAUCUACACACAUCAGGUUGUUACCAGGUGGUACCGCUCCCCUGAGCUCCUGUUUGGUGCUAGGAUGUACGGUGUGGGUGUGGACAUGUGGGCAGUGGGAUGCAUCCUGGCAGAGUUGCUCCUUCGGAUACCAUUCCUUGCUGGAGACUCGGAUCUCGAUCAGCUGUCCAAGAUCUUUGAGGCUCUUGGGACUCCAACGGAGGAUUCUUGGCCUGGACUGAGUAGUCUCCCAGACUAUGUAUCAUUUAAAUUUUUUCCUGGCACACCUCUGGAACAAAUAUUUACUGCAGCUGGAGAUGAUUUGCUUGAGCUACUACAGGGUCUUUUCACCUUUAACCCAUUGGCACGGACAACAGCUACACAGGCUUUGAAGAUGAGGUACUUUAGUAACCGUCCCGGACCCACUCCUGGCCCCCAGCUGCCACGACCCAACUGUUCAGCUGAGGCUCUGAGGGAGAAGGAGUCUGUUGGGGUGAAGAGAAAAAUAGAAGGGCUAGAGACAACUGCGAUGAAGAAGAAGCUCAUUUUUUGACCAGAUGGGACCUGCUAAGACAUAGGACCACCUUCUUCAUAGCAUUGCAUGGUUCAACUUCUUACAAUGCUCAGGGCUCUUCCCUGGAAUGAAAUAACAUCACAACCAGUGAAGGAGAAAAAAGUUCAAAUGUAGUCAACUGUAGACCAUUGUAGAAGUUAUCUGUUACAUGAGUUGGGAGUUCUGCCUAAGACAAGCUCUUAGCUCCUGUGCUGUCCUGCAACUGAUAUGCAACAGUGACUUGACAUCCGUAGUGAAUGUUGUUGGCUUUGGUGCUCCUACGUUGAUGCCUGAUUUAUGGGAGCCUGUUUGAAUUUGUAUGACUGAAAGAGAGAACAACCAAAUGAGGGUGACUGAUUUUUUGUUUCUAUAUGUUUUUGUAUGUAAAAUCAAUAAAUUGUGCAACUGGA